UUUCGAUAUAUCGACAUAAAGGCGAUGUUUUCUUCUACAAAGUGCAUUAUAUUUCAUACACUAGUGCAGAAGAAGCCGGCUCGCCUAGCAUCUCUGGUUUAUGGACAAACGUUAUUGGCAAGAGGUUAUGAUGUCCUGUCUACCUGUUAUUUCUAGGAUAACAUGUUUUUACUCGAUUAUUUCCGAAGGUUCGCAUUAUCUGGUAGCACCGGAAUAAUUAUGCGAUAACUUUCACUUAUCAGGAAUAUCAUGAACAACAAAUCAACAACGCACCUGCCAGCCGUAUCGCCAUCGCUUUCGAGUUGGAUAAUCGUGAUUUUGUCACUUUGUUUUGUUAACAGUUAUGACGGAGACUUUGUUUUUGACGAUGCCGAGGCUAUUGUCAAGAACAACGAUGUACGCGACACACCAUUGUGGAAAAUAUUUAAAAACGACUUCUGGGGCACUAAAUUGUCUCAUAAUCAAAGCCACAAGUCAUAUAGACCUCUUACUAUUUUGAGUUUUAGAUUACACUUCUGGUUACGACAAGAUUUAAUUUCGCAAGACUAUCAUAUAGUAAACAUAGUGUUGCAUAGUGUAAUUUGUCUGUUAACUUUCCUUGUAUAUAAUGUAUUUUUGGGGCCAGAAGAUCAAAACAUUUCAUUCUAUGCUACAGCCUUGUUUGCAGUUCAUCCAAUUCAUGCAGAGGCAGUAUGUGGAAUAGUAGGACGUGCAGAGUUAUUAUGUACCUUAUUCACUUGGUUGUCAGUUUUGUCAUACAACCAGGUAAUACAUGCAAAGAAUUUGUUACACACAUGUGUCGCUAUGUUUGGUUGUGCUGCUUGUGUAACUAUUGCAAUGUUAUGCAAGGAAACUGGAAUCACUGCCAUUGGCAUUUGUGCAAUGUAUGAUAUAGUUAUUGCAAACAAAAUAUAUCCAAUUGAUGUAAUUAACUUCUUUUUAUGUAAAAAUUCCGACAAACGUUUUAGUAAUUUAGUUAAAUACAGAGCCACAAUUUUACGACUUGCUGCACUGCUUUUAGUUGCAAUAAUGCUUUUGUCAUUAAGACUUGGUAUCAUGGGGUUUUCUACUCCUAAAUUCCUACCUGUAGACAAUCCAGCAUCUUUCAUGGACAAUAUAUUUCUUCGUAUACUUAAUUAUAACUAUAUUUAUUGUCUUAAUACAUGGUUACUCAUAUGCCCUGUAUGGCUCUGCUUUGAUUGGUCAAUGGGUUGCGUACCUCUGAUUACUGGAUAUGAUCACAGAAUUUUUACGAUUGUGAUUUUCUGGUUAAUGUUUGGCGCAAUAGUUGCAUACACAUUUAUCCCUCGUAAAGAUAAAACUUCAAGGUACAUAACAAUGGGACUAACUAUACUCAUUAUUCCAUUUCUACCUGCUAGUAAUAUCUUCUUCAAAGUAGGAUUUGUUUUGGCAGAAAGAAUAUUAUAUAUUCCUUCGGCAGGUUAUUGCCUGUUGUUUGUUAUUGGCUUACAAAAAUUCUCUGCCCAAUUUUCUUUGCCUAAGGCAUCAUUAUUGGCAUAUGCAAUGCUUAUUAUGUUGUUGUUUGCGCGUUCUUGGGUAAGAAGCAAUCAAUGGAGAAAUGAGAAAUUGCUGUUCCAAUCAGCAUUAAACGUAUGUCCUUUGAAUGCAAAAGUACAUUAUAAUAUCGCGAAGAAUGCGGCAGAUGCAGGAAACAUUGUGCUUGCCAAGUUGGAAUAUCAAGAAGCUUUACGAUUAAAUCCAAAGUAUGUCCAAGCUAUGAAUAAUCUUGGCAAUCUACUCAAAGAUAUUGGACUACUCCCAGAAGCUGUGAAUUUGUUUAAAGAAGCUAUCACUUUGCAGAAAGAUUUUGCUACAGUAUGGAUGAAUUUGGGUAUAGUUCAGUCAGCAUUAAAGCAGUAUGAGGAAUCAGAAGCGAGUUAUUUUACAGCUCUGCAAUAUCAGCCAAUUUACCCGGCUUGUUAUUAUAAUUUAGGUGUAUUAUAUCUGGAACGAAAACAAUAUGACAAAGCACUGAAAGCUUGGGUAAAAGCAGCUAAACAAAAGCCCACGCAUAAACAAGUGUGGACGAAUAUGAUACUGUUAUUAGAUGAUUUAAACAUGACAGAAAAAGCAUUAAAAACGGCGAACGAAGCUUUAAAAUUUAUUCCUAAUCAUGCUUCGAUCUAUUUCAAUAUUGCUAACAUCCUGGGAAAAAAGGGAAGAUUUGAGGAAGCAGAAAUACAAUUUAAGCUGGCAAUGUCAAAAAAUCCUACAGAUCCUAUGAUUUAUGCAAACUUAGGUGUUUUGUAUCAUCGUUGGAAUAAGUUGAAUGCAGCAGAGGAAAUGUACAAAAAGGCAUUACAGCUUAAAACAGAUUUACACAGUGCAAGAGACAAUUUACAAAGGUUAUAUUCAUUGAAGGCGUCAAUAAAAUAAUUUUUUUUAACAACA